GUGGUCGCCGCUCGGGGGUUUGGUCGCCAAUGUAUUGUUAUGCCGUCUUAAACUUGAACUUUUUGGACCUAAAGAAACGAAACCUGCGAGUUUGGAACCGUGUAAACCGGCCGAGCCGUCAAUGAAAACCUCACUGAGGCCGAAAUCGAGUCUUCGACGGCUCCUGUUUUAAUAUGUGAAGCAGCUGUGUGUAGAUAGUCGGCGCACAUCGAGUCUGCUUUAACUUUCUCCUGGAGGUUUGUUGUGUAGGUAACCAAUUCUCGUUGAGGGAGAGAGAGGAAUACACGACGAAAUAUGUUGACGAGACGCGCGACGGGAGUGUGAAGAAUGGAACCCUUUGAAGGGCAAGCAGAGGAUGGAGGAAUUAUUGGGAAGCAAGAACUCAUCGAAAAUACAUCAAAUGGAGUCUUAAAUGAUAGUAUUGACGAUCCCAUUCACAAUGAUGAUACUCUUCCAUUAGAUCCCAAUCAACUUGAUGAUGAGUCCGUUAUCCCAGCUGAUUUUCAGAAUGGAGAAUCAUCAGGGGAAACGGGGGCUCCUGCUCUUGAUGGAAUUGAUAACGAUUUACCCGGAAGUCCGACAACUGGAGCUGAAGCUCCAGGAUUAAAUUUAUGGUCUAAUGUUAAAUGUGUAUUUUGUGACACAUUAUUAGCUACAAAUGACCAACCCAGAUUAUUAGAAUGUCUACACACCUGUUGCAGCUCAUGUGUUAGUUCUAAACUAAAUGAGCCCAAUCAGGAUACUGGAGAUGUUGUUGUGGAAGUCAACAGUUUGUCUUGCCCCUCCUGCUCAGUUGUUAGCACUGUCAGUAGUAUUAUUGACAAUCAAUUUUUGUUGGAAUUGUGUAUGGAACAUGAUUUAGGUUCCCUUCCUGACCUGAACAAAUCUCUGUCAGACUUAAAAUGUUCGAGUGACAGUGCUCCAGCUACAAGCUGGUGUGUGGAUUGUGCAGAAUUUAUUUGUGAUGACUGUGUUCAGGCGCAUCAAAGGCUUAAAAUUACGAAAGAACAUACAAUUAAACCUAAAGAAGAGGGAGACUUGGAAAACCAUACAUCCUCCAACACAGUAACUUCAAAGAAUUUCUUCUGCAAUAUUCACCCUCAGGAACACUUAACUUUAUUCUGUGAAACUUGUGAUCGAUUAACAUGCAGAGAUUGUCAGUUAACUGAACAUCGAGAUCAUAAAUACAAGUUCAGUCAUGAGAUUGCCUCUGAAUCUAGAGGCAUGAUCAAUAACCUGUUGUCAGAAGUAACCUACAAGAGAGUUCUCUUAAAAAGUGCAACUAAGGUAAUAGAAGACAGACAGGUACUAAUAGUGAAGAAAAAGAAAGAACUAUUACAAGAAGUAACACAAAUGGUUUAUCGUCUAACCAGCGCUAUCAACCAAAGGGGAAAACAGUUAGUUGUUCGUUUAAAUGAAGUUUGUGAUGCAAAGCAGAAAACUUUAUCAGAAAAGAAACAGGCUCUGGAACAGCUUUCCCUUGUCACUGACCACUGUAUAGAUUUUGUAACAAAUGCUGUUAACAAAGGCAGUGACAUGGCCCUGCUCUUUACUAAAAGGCAAAUCACUCAACACCUUCAGAGAAUCAAGAGCAAGAGAGCUGAUAUUCCUAAUCCAGAAAUCCCUGUUAGAAUACACUUAGCAACUGACAAAGUUCCAGACUUGAUAAGAGUGCUCUCUUCCAUUGGGAACAUUGUUGUGGACGGUCGAGUGUACCCAUCUCAACACAACAACACUAGUAAUACUCAACAGCAGCAAGGAUCUAACAGUACUGGGGGGUCCACCGCAACGGCGCCUGCUCCUGCUCCUCUUAGUCAACCCCACCAUCAGGCACCCCCUAUUCAUUCGCAACCACCUGCCAAUCAAGCUGCAUAUUCUUCUGUGCAGACGUAUUUUCCCCCGGGCUCCUCCCUGCGGCAGUCAACAUCUAUGGGACCUGCGGGGCCUCAGAGGGCCGCCACCCCGCCGCAACCGCAACACCUUCAGAACUUGCAGGCCUUACCAGCGCAGGUAGCAAGGAACUUGAACAUGCUUCGACAUUCUCCUCAGCAUCCUCCAGGUCUUGGGCUCAUGCGGACCCACCACCAACAGGUGACCUCUUCUACCCACCCUAUAGCGGACGGUCGCAAUGUAACCCUGCAGGCCAUGCUGAACCCCAGAGCGGCUCCUCAGCAUGGUGGGCCAACUCCUCCACUGGCGCCAGGGCCUCCGCAUCAGGCGCAAGGGCGGGCUUCCAUCCCAGUCGGUCCAAUGGGGCAUCAGCAUCCUUCCGCAAUGUCCCAUUCAGUGCAGCGUCGCUACCAGGACCCAAUGGUGGCGCAGCAGCAGGCGCAGGCGCAGGCGCAGGUGGCAGCAGCGCAGGCGGCAGCGGCAGCGCAGCAUCAUCACUAUCAGAGGGAAUACAUGCGGCAGCAGCAGCAGCAGCACAGUAUGCAUCAAUAUGGAACUUACCAUCCUGGCCAGGGGACAGCUGGCUCGGCAAUGUGGCAAGCUCAAACGGCUCAGCGUGGGGGAGCAACCCAGCAGAGCGGGCAGGCUCAGCACCCCCAGGCCCAGGCGCAGGCCCAGGCGCAAGCUCAGGCCCAGGCACAGGCCCAGGCCCAGGCUCAAGCGCAGGCCCAGGCAGCAUUGCAUCAAUGGCAUAUUCCUCAGCACGGAGUCAGUCAGCUCGGCAAUCCUGGCCGCUCUGGGCAAGCCCAGAACCACCAGGACAACAACUCUUACAAAAUUACCCUCAAGACACAGGUGUCCCCACUGCAGCAGCAGCCGCAGGCAUCUUCGCCAGGCGCACAAGGAGCCUCGAUCAGCGUUGGCCCAGUGCCUGGGGCCAUCCCCAUUAAUAAGCAGACUACUGCUAGCUUGAGUAGGGAGGAUGCUCGUUCUGCUUCUCGAACAAACGAUCGCAGCUCUAACUCAAGUGUGAGUUCUAAUAACAGCAAUGGAGAGCGCAGUAUUAGUAGACAAUCCUCAACUAGCUAUAUGGUGACUUCAUCAGCACCUAAAACUCCCAGUCCCAGUUUGAACAAACCAGAAGAUGCUGAACGAACCGAACAAAGUCUUGAUAAGUUUUGUGAGGAAUCUGUCAAUGAUCUCAUGGCAACAAUUGCCAAACUAGAUAGUAAUGGCAUCAUGGUUAUCCCAGAACCCCAGCCGCCUCCUCAAACUCCAUUGGCCCAAGCUGGAGACAGUCCUCAGGUCGACUCAUCCACAGGUGAUUCUAGGCAGCAAGUAGCGGAAAAACAAGAUGAAGUUGAACCUCCUAAAGAUGAUCCUAAUGAGGAUUGGUGUGCAGUGUGUAUGGAUGGUGGGGAACUAGUGUGUUGUGAUAAAUGUCCUAAGGUUUUCCAUAUGCACUGCCAUAUACCAACACUAGAAGCUCUUCCUGAAGAUACAUGGCAAUGUCUUCUAUGCACGGAAAUUAAUGAAGUAGUAAGUCACAUUGUAGACGAAGACAAAACACAGUCAGCUUUAAGCCCUCAUGAGUUGAAACUGGCUAGACGUCUUGUUCUUGAAUUGUACUGCCAGUAUGAACCAAGUUUACCAUUCCGAGAAAAUAUUGGCUCAGAAGACACUGUGUCAUUGGAAACAGUCAGAAAAAAGCUUUCACCAGACAAUCCAGAACAUUAUUCUGCCUUAUCAAAAGUUAUUCAGGACAUCAGACUGAUAUUUAAAAAUGCCUAUGCAUACAACACAAGUGACAGCCAAGUUUAUGGUGAUGCCAAAACAUUAGAAGAGUUCUUUGAACAUCUAUUGCUAAAAUGGUUACCUAAUUUUAAUUUUCCUAAGGCUAAAUGUGAGUCUGAUGAUGAUUCCAUGGAAGGAGAACCAGGUACUGAUAAUGGAGACAUUGCACCACCUGCAAAGCGUAUCAAGAGGGGCAUAGCAGAAUGAUGUCACGCUUCUGGGAAUGUGUUGGCUGAGUCUGUCAACACAUUUCCAGCUGGUGACAAUUACUACAUAAAAAUUGCCACGGUUGUUACGUUUUUUCAAGAGGGAAUCGAGAAAGAAAUAAUUUGAGCUGUGCAAUGCCUGAUGUAUAUAAGUGUGAGCUUAGUUUAGGUGUCUAGCCAGUUGAAAAUAUUAAAUUGCAGCCACUAAUCUAACAAAUAUGGGUAUGAGAUGACAAUGAAUCAAAGGAGUGUCUCAUCCGUAUUCUACACAUGGCUAUAUGUUUUCUUUUAAUCCAAUUUAUUUAGCCAGAUAAAUUGCACUUAUCUCACAUUAUUUUGUUGAAAUAUUUAAGUUUGUUUUGGGUGUAAGCACCCUUUAAAAUUGCGUGUUUGUACUACAGUUUUAAUUACUGUAUAUUAGCAUUUUCAUUUAAACAGGAGAAUGAAGUAAAAUUUUUAUGAAUAAUUUUUAACUUUGUCUUUUGUUUUAUGAAAAUGUCACAUCCUCCUAUUCAAUUUUUAUUGCUGACGAACUUGUGACCUGCUAGAUUAGUUAAUUUUUUGUUAGUACUCUGCCCUCCCUCAAACAGAUAGCCCUUCCUAUCUUUUGAAGUUUUGGUGUGGAGGGUGUUUGGACAAAGGAUGUUUGGUCUCUUGCUUAAAGGGGUUUUGAGCUUGAGAAAUGCUGUGAUAAUUCAGAUUCAUACCAUAGAUGUGCUCCACAUGUUUGUGCAGAUCUUACAUCACCCUAAAUCUAUUAAAACUUCAUAAACCUAUUUUUGUUUCUUGUAUCAAUGUCUUUCCCCUGUGGGUGGGCAAUUGUCACUGUGAACUAUUUUCUUGACGGGUUCUAUUUGACAUGCAUAGUCUGUAGUGGGAGUGGGGGCUGCCAUCAAUGAGUGCUUAAAGCUUACAUAGUUGUACACUGUAGGAAUUAAAAUCAAUUGUGAGUCUCAUGGAUAUGUUACCAUUUACUUGAACUAGUAAUACGGACUGGAAGUCAAAUGGUAAUAACUUGAGAGUAUUACUUUUGGUAUUAUUAUUAUUUCAUUGAUGUGGUAAUGUGGGUUAAUAUUGAUAUGGAAAUACUGCUGAGCUCACUUUCAUUCUUUAUUUCUCUGACCACAUCUUCCAUGUUGAAGUAUUAAUGUACCACUGUAACAAAUAUUCCUUGUCUUGUCUUAUUCUCUAUCCUUUGUCCCCUUGAUGAUGCAUGCUGCAUUGUCAGCAAAUGAACUAGUGUUUUUGUAUUAUUUCUGUAUGUAAAUUAUGUACAUAUGCUAUAGUUGCUUUUAUGUAAUGUGACUGCUUUUGAAAAAAAUUGUGCUAUAGUUUGCUAGAAUCUUCCCCCUUUUUUUCAUCUUAAGUUUUUGCAUUGGUACAUUGUAAAGGAAAACAGUUGCAAUGGUGCUAGAAAUUCUUGUGAAGAUUUUUGUUUGUUUUUUUCUUUACCAACAAUGUGUAUGAUUUGUAAAAUUGUAUGUAUAAAGCGCUCUUUAAGGUUGUGGUGAACAAAAUGGAAUCACAGUAUUGUCAUAUCAUAGUACUGCUAGGUAGGAAUUGAAAUUGACAAGUUUUGUUAUUUAUAUUUUUUUUUUAAUCCUCUAAACCUGUUGAUUGGUUUAAUUUUCUCAAUGCUUUUACCCUGCCUGGUAAGAGUCUUCACUUUUUCUGUUGAAUACUUUUAACUGUGGAGCCCAUUUUGAUUUUGUUAUUUUGUUGAUAGUGUGAUGUACUGGUACUUAGCUUCAUUAAUGUACAUAGUUUGGUUUUUAGAGCAUUAUUCCUAAUGUCUUUACUUGUUAUGUUAAGACUUCUUCUGUAUUUUUCUCCUGAUAAGAAGAAGUGUGUUAUGUUAUCAUGUUUCAAGAUGAAUAAUCAUCAGGUAUCAUCAUAGGUACUCAGUUCAUACCUGCUAAAGAACUUCCAACAAAUUGUUAACUCUCCAGUUUUCAUCUUCUAAAGUAAUUGAAAGAUCUGUAAAAUUUACGCAAGCUGGUUGAAGUGUAAGAUCUUGUGCCAAACAAGUACCGCUCUAAUUUUGAAGAUAUUUCAAAAUACGCUUCUGAUAAUUUUAAAUCUUUAAGACUGAAAUAUAUAUCUUAACCUCUCCUA